UAGUGACGUGUGUGGGUGUGCGUCUCCCCUGCGCUCAGUGCGUCUUUAGUAAAGGGUUAAGAUGGCGACGGUGCAUCUGCGGAUCGGGGAUUUGGUUUGGGGAAAGCUUGGCCGGUACCCUCCUUGGCCUGGGAAGGUUGUCAGCCCCCCAAAGGACCUAAAGAAGCCCAGAGGCAAAAAAUGCUUCUUUGUGAAGUUUUUCGGGACUGAGGAUCAUGCCUGGAUAAAGGUUGAACAGCUGAAGCCGUACCACCCCCACAAGGAGGAGAUGAUCAAGAUAAACAAAGGCAAGCGGUUUCAGCAGGCUGUUGACGCUGUCGAAGAGUACCUGAAGAAAGCUAAGGGGAAAGAGCAGGCACAUGCCUCAGACGACAAAAAUAAAACGGACAAGGGGCGAAAAACUGCAGCCAAACCUAUGAAGAUUAUAGAGGAAGAUGAUGAAGAUGCAUUUAAGGGUGGAUCUUCAGACAAGGAUCAAACUGACUCUGACCCAGAACCGUCCUCUGUGCAGCGGGUGAUGGCUGGAACAGUUGCAGGAUUCAAAUGGGAGAGCAGUCCGGUAAAGGAUGACCCACAUUUCCAUCACUUUCUGCUCAGCCAGUCUGAGAAGCCGGCCUCUUCGAUGGAGCCAAUCAGCAAACGGUUGAAGAUUGUUGAAGAGGAUCACGGCUCCACGUCUAUUCAGGCAGCAGACAGCACAGCCGUCAACGGCAGCAUCACACCCACAGACAAAAGAAUAGGGUUCCUCGGGCUUGGGCUAAUGGGUAGUGGGAUAGUCUCUAACCUUCUGAAGAUGGGACACGUUGUCACGGUGUGGAAUCGCACAGCAGAAAAGUGCGACUUGUUCAUUCAGGAAGGAGCCAGAUUAGGGCGGACACCAGCAGAAGUUGUAUCCAUGUGUGAUAUCACAUUCUCCUGUGUAUCAGACCCAAAAGCUGCCCGAGAUUUGGUUUUGGGUCCCAGUGGUGUAUUACAGGGUAUCAGACCGGGAAAGUGUUAUGUGGAAAUGUCUACAGUCGAUCCAGAAACCAUUACAGAGCUUUCACAGGUCAUUACGUCAAGAGGUGGUCGCUUCCUGGAAGCUCCAGUGUCUGGCAGCCAGCAGUUGUCCAAUGACGGCAUGUUGGUUAUAGUUGCAGCUGGAGAUCGAAGUGUUUAUGAAGAUUGUAGCAGCUGCUUCCAGGCUAUGGGCAAAACAUCCUUCUUUUUAGGAGAAGCCGGUAAUGCUGCAAGGAUGAUGUUGAUCCUCAACAUGGUCCAGGGCAGCUUCAUGGCCACUAUUGCUGAGGGACUUACUCUGGCUCAGGCCACGGGCCAAUCACAACAGACCUUCCUGGAUAUUCUUUGUCAGGGGCAGAUGGCAAGCACAUUUGUGGACCAGAAAUGCCAAAAUAUCCUGCAGGGUAACUUCAAACCAGAUUACUACCUAAAACACAUCCAGAAAGAUUUAAGAUUAGCCAUUUCAAUGGGAGAUUCAGCUAAUCACCCAACACCAAUGGCAGCAGCUGCAAACGAGGUCUACAAGAGGGCAAAAGCUUUGGACCAGUCAGACAACGACAUGUCUGCAGUCUACAGAGCUUACAUUCACUAAUCCCUGAAGAUGUGCUCAAAAUUCUGGACCACAAACUUUCUUCUCUUUCAGUUUCUGUUUCUCUUUGCUGACAAGUUUUGUUUAGCACCAUUGAUACCUUUUCCCAUGUAUGAUGGGAACUCUUUAGCAGCCACCUCUGAGCAUUGCACUGACUAUGAUUUAUUCUUUUUUCUUAUUUUUCUUUCCUUGUGCGUUUCCUCUGCGUGAGGUGAUUUUACGAUUAGGGCCGGUGUUCGAGUCUACUGCAUAUAAUGCAGUGUCGUUUGAAGGCGUUUUGGUUUUAUUUAUCGCUCAUAUCUUCACACAGUUGUUUAUUUAAUUCUCUAAUUGUGUUCGUCCAGAAUUCUGUAAAACUGCCUACCAAGAAAAGGCUAAAGGAGCAUGAAGAAGCCACUGCAUUGCCUUAAUAUCAUAACCCACAUAGAUGUAUUUAUUUAUUUUAUCUCUAAAGAUCUCCAGACUACAAGGCCGAUCACAUUAUUUGUCGUUUUUUUGAGACACAGCUUGAUAUUCUGAUGCCUUAUAAAGAAUGCAGUAAUGUGAUUUUAUUAUUGUUUUUUAUAGAUUGGACAUAUAUUAAUCAUAUGUCUGAUUCCAAAAAUGGGUUCUCAAUCUACUGACAUGUUAUUCCACACUUUGUGAGGAUUUUGAGAUAUUACUGGUCAUUUUGGGGUUGUGUCCGUGAGUAUGGGUCACCUUUAGGGUCAGAGAUACGUCGGCUAAACUGUGGAUAGAUGUGAAGAAAAUGGAAAGUGUAAUUUAGUUUUUGUUUUAUGCAUUUUCUGUUGUUAUUGUAAUGGACCUCCACAAAUUUAACACCGUUUGAUGUUUUUAGAGGCCAUCGGAUCAUCAUUUUGCCUUAUAAUAAUUUUGUCAGACACUGGUAAAAAGAAUUGGCUCAUUUUCAGUUUUAAAAAGCUGUAUAACUUUCAAAUACGUUUCUCACUUCAAGGCAGAUUUAGCAAUGUUUUACUCAUAACUUAUCAAUUUCAUUUUUUUGUUGUUGAUUUUAAAGUACAAAUUGUACGCAUAUCCAGACACCAUGAAGUCAGCUGUGGAUGUGCAGCAUUUCUGUUUCAGAACCCAACUCCAGUACAGGGUUACUUGUUUCUGAAAAUCGAAUGUCACAACGACAUUAAAUGAGUGAUUUUGAGUUUUUGUUCUAAAUUGAUACUAUAGUAAGCUGUAUAUAGCCCUAUCAGUGUGAUUGGGUUACUCAAGGAAUACAAGACUUAACAUGCUUUCAGUUUGACUCUACUGAAAUUAUUAAUCAUCUGGUGUCUUAAUUAAUAUUAAUAGGUUGUUUUGUGUUAGCUAAUGGAUUUAUUUACUGUAAAUGGUUUAUUGAUUUAUGUGGCUUAUAUAGUCCUAAUGACAAUGUAAAAAUGACAAGCGGAUUCCAGUUUGUGGAAUGAGGGUGAUGGAGAAUUGGAAAUAUUUAUAAUUUCUUGUAAAUGUGAAAAUGUCAAGCUUUUUUGUGCAGUCAUCUGAAUCCUUCUCCCAAUAAACAAACCCAAUGUCCAGUUUA